AUGAAGAUGGCCGAUGCUACUGCAGUUUUGAGGAGGAACAGAUCAGGCAAUAAAACUACGAACUGGUGCAAAUGGCCCGAUGAGUCGUUUGAUGAAAUGGACAGCACCCUCGCCGUCCAGCAGUUCAUCCAACAAGCGAUACGAAGAGAUUUCUCCAACAUCGAUGAGAUCCUUAAUCCACCAGAAGGUCAGGAUGAAGGGGUAUGGAAGUAUGAACAUCUCAGGCAAUUUUGUAUGGAAUUGAAUGGACUGGCCGUGAGGUUACAACAGGACUGUAACCCUGAGACCUGUACCCAGAUGACCGCCACAGAACAAUGGAUAUUUCUAUGUGCAGCGCAUAAAACUCCUAAAGAGUGUCCGGCAAUUGACUACACGCGUCAUACUCUAGAUGGUGCUGCCUGCUUACUCAACAGUAACAAAUAUUUCCCAAGCAGAGUGAGUAUAAAGGAGUCAUCCGUAGCAAAACUAGGAUCAGUUUGUCGUCGAGUCUAUCGCAUCUUCUCUCACGCUUACUUCCAUCAUAAACAGAUAUUUGAUGAAUACGAGAACGAGACUGCCCUGUGUAAGAGGUUCACGACGUUCGUCAUGAAGUACAAUCUAAUGUCGAAAGAUAAUCUCAUCGUGCCCAUCUUGGAGGAGCAGCAGCUGGAGUCGGCGGGGGAGAGCGACGCUUGAGCAAUAUCUGCCUGGAGAGUGAUGUUUAAGGAGCCUCAGGUGGAAGAGCAAUGCUUAUCGAGCUUUGACUCUAAAUGUGCAACAACCUCUCUAAAUGUGAAACAUCUGAGCAGCUACCUUUCAAUACCGCUGAAGAGGGAAUCGAAUCCAUGAUACUUGAGGUUGGAACUGCGUCACUUUGACUUUCCCUUUUGUUUUUUCCGACAAGGAUUAUAGGGGAACAACUCUUUGGAACCAGAAUAGCAUUAUCCUUAGCACAUGGCCCAGGAGCUAUGAAUAUUUGGGAACCUGAAAAGCAUGAAUAUUCGUGCAAAGAAGUUGGACCAAAAAGCACUGUUCAGCUAUUUAUUCAUCAUACUGUUUUGUUGAAUCUUCACAGUUACAAUAAUACAAAGUUAUUCUCUAGUCUUAUAAGUAGAUACAUAGGUAUGAUUACAGAUGUGUCCCACUGUGUGCCCAGUGACCAUCAUUGACAUAUUAGGGCCGUUUAGACGACGCGAAAAAAUCCGGAUGCGUCCCGAAUCCGGAUUAAUUUUUCGUCGUGUAAACGCAAAAAGAUCCGGAUCAAUGUGGUUGCAUCCGGACUAAAAAGGUACCAUCGCCUUGGGUGGUUUUAAUCCGGAUUCAUCCAGAUUCGAUCCGAAUGCGGUCUUUUCGCCUGUCGUCUAAACGGCCCUAUCAUCUCGACCUAAGGCAGUGAUAGACUGGAGCAUUGAGUCUGUGGUUGUUGGCGUGCAGAAUAUUAUCUUGGUGAAAUUCGCUCGACCGCAGAAUAACAAAAAUGUAGACUAUAAGCAGAGGUUGGUUCUGUAAUGUUAUAUACAGUUGUAUCUUGUGUAUCAAUGACGGAGAGCUGUUAUGUUUGUCCUCAGUGUUCCACACAUGGAAUGCCUAAAUUGAAAUUUGCAAGUUUCUCCUUUGGAUGGUACGGUUAUCUGCAUUGUCGACCAUUUCUCAAUAUCUUGGUAAUCACAGGAAAAGUGUCAUUGCAACAGAAUUCGUGUUAUCAUCUUGGAUUAAAUCGUCUUGAUUUAAAACAUCGGGAUCCUCUUGUUAUUUACUCUGUUGCGUAUUUUGACUUUACUCCCGGGGGAGAGAAGUUUGUUUGUGAAGUGUCUCGUAGACUAGAGACAUCUUGGCCAACUUCCUUGGGAAUAUACGACAACAAGAUAGCACGUGUCGAGUUGGUGCGAGCUUUGAACGACCAUGCCCGUAUAAUCUUAUCAGUAGUAUGAUUAAAAUUGAAAAGUGUCUUUGAACAGCUCUUCUGUUUGCAUGUUAUUUUUACGUACUGUAUUAUUUAUUGUGUAUAUAAACCUCUUAAUAAAAUUCAAUUGUGACAAAA